AUGCCCUCUAAGACACUGUCUGAUGAGUAUACUCUUAUCGCAGGUAUUAGUAGUGGCACGUGCGGCGAUGUUCUCAAAGCUCACAGGAAAAAAACCGGCGAGAUCGUUGCAGUUAAAAGGAUUAAAAUUUUAAAUCAAGCAGUUGGUUUUCCACCAAACUCAUUACAAGAAAUUUCUAUCCUUCGUUCGCUCAACCAUCCAAAUAUUGCUAGAUUGAUAGAAGUUUGCACUGAAAGUCAUCACGUAUAUCUUGUUUUCAGUUACUAUGAGUACGAUAUGUAUGGUUUAUUAUAUAAUCAUAACUUAAAUCUCACCAUUGAUCAAGUUCGCUGCUACUCAAGGCAAUUACUUCUUGGCGUAAAAGCCUGUCACGAUAAAAAUAUAUUACAUAGAGAUUUGAAGCCUGCAAACUUAUUGGUUAACAGGGGAAAUAACCUGCAGAUUACAGAUUUUGGCCUUGCAACCACCAAUACCAAUUGUUCGACGAAUGGAGUCAUUACAAUUUGGUACAGACCUCCGGAAAUACUAUUAGGCAAGCAGGGGUACGGUAAGGAGAUAGAUAUAUGGAGUGCUGGAUGUAUUAUUUACGAAAUGAUCACUCAUGAAGUUUUAUUCAGAUCAAACUUGGACCAAGAAGCUGAUCAGCUAAAAGCAAUAUUCGAUAUCGCAGGUUUACCUGAUCAGCAGUGGCCAGAAUGGAAAAAAUUACCAAACGCUGAACUUUUUGCAAGAAAGAUAGUAUCGGAAGGAAAAAUCUUACUAGAAUCUACUGUAGAUGACGAGCAGCAUAGAGAGUUCGUCAUUGACCCAGAAAUUGUUAACAGAUACAGUAAUAGAGAUCUUAAAAAUUAUAUUGAAAGGAGAAUCAAGGCAAAAGGCGAAGAAUACAAAGCUGCAAUACCAUUAAUUCUGAGCAUGCUUCAGUUUAAUCCAAAAGUCAGAUUGACAGCUGAUAAAUGCUUGGAAAAUGAUUUCUUGAAUCCAGAAAAAGGAGUUUUGGACCCAAGUCAGCUUCCUCCUCUUUGUUUCAAUGAUACACACCAGAGUAUUAUGAUUCCUCAGCUUCCUAUGAAAAUCCCAACUACUGCCAUUAGAAGACCAAUGCAGCCGAGGCUUGAAUAA